AUGGAAGCUCUCGACACCUACACCUCCCUACCCUUAACGAUCGACCCAUCAACGAAAUCCAUUUCCAGCAGCGAUCCCACUCUCAACUACGAAAUCGAAGAACUCAACAAGACCGUCCGCGCCUUCGUCUCCCUCGACACACCCAACCAAAUGCCUCCCCCGCCCGCACCCGUGAAACCGCAGCGCUCGGCGCAAAUCACCAAGCUCAAAGAAUCCGGCAAUGCAUCGUACAAGAAAGGGCAAUUCGCCGACGCGAUCAAGAUGUACGAUCUCGCGAUUCAGAUGGCGAGUACGCGCCCUACCUGGGAGGCUUCCGGGCUCGUGAGGGAGGAACUGUCUAUGCUGUACAAUAAUCGAUCGCAAGCGUUGAUGGCGCAGCAGAAUUGGGCGGAAGCGGGUGUUGAUGCGGAGAUCAGCGUGGAGAUGAAGAAGAUGGGGAAUGUGAAGGCUUGGUGGCGACGAGGGCAGUGUUUGCGGGAGAUGGGGAGGUUGGGAGAGGCGGUGGAGUGGGUCCGGAAUGGGUUGGAUUUCGAGAGGAUGGGGCCCGAGAAGGGGAGUGUGGGGGAGUUGGAGCAGCUCUUGAGGGAGAUUGAGAAGGGUUUGGCAAAGUGA